GGAUAACACAAUUGGAAAAAUAAACGCCGAUCCAGAUCCAUAGAUUCCAGUCCUGUGCAGCUGACAAAAUGUGGCGCCCUGUUCCAGCAGUGCAGAUGUGAGGUUGGGGAGCUUACAGAUCUCUAUAACACGGCUCUGGUUUUACUGUAUCAGCACAUACACAUGGUAUAGGUAUGCGGUAACAAGUGUAAGGGUUAUUUAUGUACCUCUGUCAGUUCUGACGGUUUUGCGCUGAAAGAAGAAUAUUUGACUUUACAGAAUUAAGAAAGUCAGGUGGUAGGGAAUAGAUGUUUGACCUGAAGGACCUGCGUAUAGACUGAAGUUGGAGAGGAAUAGACCAUACGGACAGCGAGUGCACCUCAUCUCUCAACGGCAAAGUGGAGUGUACUGUAUAUAAGGAUGCCAGGGUUGUUGUCCUCAUAGGAAUCCUGUCCUUCUGGAUGUGGACAACACAUGGGAAUUCUGGAAGUACCUGGGCUUUGUUUAUGAAGAUACAUUCUACAUUUCAAUCAGGAUUUUGUCAAAAGAAGGAGUCAAAAUUUUAAGUGUCUUGACUUGGCAUGGUUAGUGUGCUGUGAGCUGUCUCUUCUUGUGUGUAGUCUUGUCCAUUUGUUCUCUUCACUUUUCCUCUCAUCCAUUAACACUGCUGCAAGGUCUGUCUCGCUGUUGUGUGGGAGGACGUGGUGGGUAAGACAUGUCUACCAAGGCUCCCAUAUACCUUAAAAGGCAAAGCCACAAAGGAAAGAAGGAAAAGCUGCGUGAUCUUCUUUCAUCUGACAUGAUCAGCCCCCCACUGGGAGACUUUCGACACACCAUCCACAUUGGCAGCGGAGGGAGGGCUGAUGAUCUUUUUGGUGACUUGUCUUUCUUACAAGGUAAAUUUCACCUGUUACCGGGGCAACAAGGUCACCAGGGGACAUGCCAAUUAAGUCGCACAGAAAGUGUAAGUAGUCACCCACCAGCCAAUGAUAGCUCACCCCUGUUGAAAAAUGCCCUAUCGCUUCCUAUCAUUGGAGGAGCGCAGGCACUCACCCUUCUUGUACAAAUUCCUGUGACUUCGGCAGUGAUGCCGACUGCUGAGGUGCAAACAGCCCAAUCUCAUCAUACGGAUGCUCUGACAACGACCCAGUCUCCCCCAACAUCUCCAUCUCUCGCUCCACCUCCCAAACCUCCCAGACUUCACCUGGAGGAGAGGAACUUGAGUGUGUCAAGGCAUGCAUCACUGCCUGCAUCUCCAAACCGCUCUCCCCAUCAUUUGCGUAGGUAUGAGCCACGGCCAGAUACUAAGGAAGAUGAAAGGUGUGUAAGGGAUGGAGAGGGGGAGGAAAGACCAUGUCUCUCUAACGCUGGCUCUCUCCUUUCCCUCCAUCUUGACCUUGGGCCAUCUAUCCUAGAGGAUGUGCUUCAGAUCAUGGACAACCAGAGAAUGGGGACACUCAAUGGGGGACUUACACCCAAUGGACGACAAGAGAUAUAUACCUGAGAGUGACCGAAAGAGAGGGUGGACUGGUUCAGUUUCAUAUCACUUUUAGAAAGGAGGUAUGAGUGAAAACUUUAUGGUAUAUAACUGGGUUAAUCACAUUUUUCUUCAUGUAUCAAACAUUUUGCCCUCUGAGAAAACUCUCAUUUACCUGCUGUACAGUGGCAUUUUCAGGAUAUUUUGACCUUUUCUGCUAAUUAUCAGGUUUCAGGAUUUGAACAAACCAAAAAUAAAUCCACUUUAUAAUUUCUUGGAUUCUACUGUGUUCAAAUGGAACAUUUUAAAUAAUCUUUGUCAUUUUGGAGCUAAAAGCAGUUGGCCGAUUUUGGCUUAAAAAAUAUUCUUAGACACAAUUUUAAACACUACCAUUUUAACAAACACAUCUGAUGUCUGGAUGUACUGUUACAGAGUAACAACCUACAGGCUUCCUGGUUAACAGAUUCACUACAGGAAAAUAAAAAAACUGAUAUUUGUCCCUCAAAUGCAGCGAUGACAUCAUCUCUCCCCUCUGUGUUGUUGCAAUUUGUGUAAGCGGGUAAAAAUGUGCAGCUCCUCCUCAAUGAUCUGGACAAACACACACGCCAGGAGGCCUCUGUGUCUACACCCUGAGAUUUCAACCUCUUUUUGUUGAGACUCGAGUCUUUUUUUUAAUGUAUUUUUUUUAUGGUAGGAAAAACAAGCUAAUUCUUUUCAGACAGCAGGAAUAUUUUGUAUACAACAAUGCUUUCCACUUCAUAAAAAACAAAAAAAAAAUUUUUUUUUUUUUUUUUUUUUUGUAUGCACUCCUUUUUAUUACUUCAUUGUAUUACCCCCUUGACAGGUGAUCACUUUUCAGGCAGCAGUCCUUCCUUUUUCUAGCUGAAGUGUGGGGCCUAAAGAAAGGGCUUGUGUUACCUUUGUAACUUCCAUGUAAACUAUAACCACAUGGGUUUAUAUUGUGUUUUCAGUUCACAGCUGUAGUCUUUAGCAUUCUUUUCUAAAAUACCAAUCUACGAGUUAAAAGUAUUUAAUGAGAAGUACCACACAGUGCAUCAACUGUCAUCAACAAGAGAAGAAACUUGAAAGAACAAUAAGAGAAUGCAAGCAAAUAUUAACAGAACUACGCCGUCAAAUUUCAGUCAUAUUUUAUUUAUAUUAACUUUGCACUGUAACAACCAUAAAAAAAACCUACUGUAUUCAUUCAUUUUUAACACAAAUUUAAACUAGUUAACUAGUAAACUAGCGGGGUUCUCUGAAUAUUUAAAUCUCUGAGAUUUAAGAUAUCUUUUAUUUCAUCCAAGUUUUUUUUUCUCUUUUUCUUUUUUUUUUCUCGUUUCUAGCAGUAUUGAGCCAUUGUUUCCUCAAGAUUCUUGGAAUUCCUUCUUGUAGAUUUUUUAUUUAUUUUUGUUUCUUCUAUUUAGUGAAUUCUCUGAAAAUGUGAAAUAUUUUUUUCCUUACAUUGUGAAUUGUAUUUCCAAAGCUAAAUCUAUAUACAGAAUAAUUGCUUCUGUGCAAUUAACUUAAUUGAAAUGUGAUAUGUAGAAAAAUUUGUGCACACAUUUGUGCAAACCCUAUAGUUGGCCAAAUACCUUGAUCUUUGUAAGCAUAAGGACUAGUUUAAUCUUUUCAUGAAAAAUGGUCAUACUGUAUGCUGUGUACUGUAUAGCCUUCAGAGACUGUAGAAAUAGAUACAGAAUUAAAAGUUUCACACGUGUUAUAGCUUAUUACUAUUCCUAACCUUUAGUAAAUGUGUUUGAAUAUUUUCGAACUUACCCCCAAAUUAACCAAAAAUUGUGAUCUGCUACAGUUGAAAUCAGAAGUUUACAUACACUUAGGUUGAAGUCAUUAAAACUAAUUUUUUAACCACUCCACAAAUGUAAUAUAAGCAAACUAUAGUUUUGGUAAGUCGUUUAGGACAUCUACUUUGUGCACGACAUGAGUCAUUUUUCCAACAAUUUUUUACAGACAGAUUGUUUCACUUUUAAUGGACUAUAUCACAAUUCUAGUGGGUCAGAAGUUUACAUACACUAAGUUAACUGUGCCUUUAAGCAGCUUGGAAAAUUCCAGAAAAUGAUGUCAAGCCUUUAGACAAUUAGCCAGUUAGCUUCUGAUAGGAGAUGUACUGAAUUGGAGGUGUACCUGUGGAUUUAUUUUAAGGUCUACCUUCAAACACAGUGCCUCUUUGCUUGACAUCAUGGGAAAAUCAAAAGAAAUCGGCCAAGACCUCAGAAAAAAAGUUGUGGACCUCCACAAGUCUGGUUCAUCUUUGGGAGCAAUUUCCAAAUGGCUGAAAGUACCAUGUUCAUCUGUACAAAAAAUAGUACGCAAGUAUAAACACCAUGGGACCACGCAGCCAUCAUACCGCUCAGGAAGGAGAUGCAUUCUGUCUCCUAGAGAUUAACUUAGUUUGGUGCGAAAAGUCCCAGAACAACAGCAAAGGACCUUGUGAAGAUGCUGGAGGAAACAGGUAGACAAGUAUCUAUAUCCACAGUAAAACAAGUCCUAUAUUGACAUAACCUGAAAGGCUGCUUGGCAAGGAAGAAGCCACUGCUCCAAAACCGCCAUAAAAAAGCCAGUCUACAGUUUGCAAGUACACAUGGGAACAAAGAUCUUACUUUUUGGAGAAAUGUCCUCUGGUCUAAUGAACCAUCGUUAUGUUUGGAGGAAAAAGGGUGAGGCUUGCAAGCCGAAGAACACCAUCCCAACCGUGAAGCAUGGGGGUGGCAGCAUCAUGUUGUGGGGGUGCUUUGCUGCAGGAGGGACUGGUGCACUUCACAAAAUAGAAGGCAUCUUGAGGAAGGAAAAGUAUGUGGAUAUAUUGAAGCAACAUCACAAGACAUCAGCCAGGAAGUUAAAGGUAGGUCGCAAAUGGGUCUUCCAAAUGGACAAUGACCCCAAGCAUACCUCCAAAGUUGUGACAAAAUGGCUUAAGGACAACAAAGUCAAGGUAUUGGAGUGGCCAUCACAAAGCCCUGACCUCAAUCCAAUACAAAAUUUGUGGGCAGAACUGAAAAAGCGUGUGCAAGCAAGGAGGCUUACAAACCUUACUCAGUUACACCAGUUCUGUAUGGAGGAAUGGGCCAAAAUUCCAGCAACUUAUUGUGAGAAACUUGUGGAAGGCUACACAAAACAUUUGAACAUUUGAAGAAGUUAAACAAUUUAAAGGCACUGCUACCAAAUACUAACAAAGUGUAUGUAAACUUCUAACCCACUUGGAAUGUGAAGAAAGAAAUAAAAGCUGACAUUUUCACAUUCUUAAAAUAAAGUAGUGAUCCUAACUGACCUAAGACAGGGAAUUUUUUCUAUGAUUAAAUGUCAGGAAUUGUGAAAAACUGAGUUUAAAUGUAUUUGGCUAAGGUGUGUGUAAACUUCUGACUUCAACUGUACCUUCUCAUAGCCACUUGACCUGAAUGAGACAAAUGGUAAUGUGGAAUAUGUCUUCUCAAAUAUAGUUUUGCUUGAUUUCAUCAACUUUUAUGAGUUUAAGGCCAACUUAAAUAGCUCAAAUCAGCAACUGUAACUAUCAGUGUGAUUUGAUCACUGAUUGGGGUUACUAUGAUCUUGCAUCACUGACUCAUUAAAACAGUAAAGCGAACAAUAAAUACAUUUUUGAGCCUGAAACUGUAUCAUCAAACAAUAAUAAUAUAACAAAACUCUGAACCAGAACAAUCAAAUGUCAGGCCACUUAACAAGCUACUAAAUAUAGGUAGGUACAGUAUAGCAUUGAUAUAAAAUUCCACAUGCCUUAACAAGUUUACUUAAUGAGCAUCUCUGACAUACUUCACUUUUCUACCCCCCAUAUAAUUUAACUGUAUCUUGUCAUGUCCAAGACCAUGUCCCCACUAUAGGAGGGGGAGCAGUCAGCUUUACUCCAUUUUCUUUUUUCUGUGUAACCCUCCUGACUUUAAAUCAUUUUUGUAACAGUCAUUUGAAAAGUUUUGCAAGGUUUUAGUUUAUGGGUUUCUUUAUUUUUCUUACAUAAAAUGUCACAGCAAAAAACUGUGAUCAGCCAUGUUGACUAUUAUUAAUUCUAUCUUCAAUAUUUUAAACAAUUAGACUUGGAAAUUAGAUUUUUUUUUUCUUACUUAGAUUUUUGUCGUUUUUGUCUAUUUGUUCCCCUUAUUUACUGAAAGUAUUUCAUAAACACACAAUUUACACAUUCCUGACAAAGUCUUCUGCUGCCUAACUGUUUACCAUCAAAAAUGAUGGUAGACUAGAGGUUAGGAAUAUUAUAGUGCUGCCUUUUCAAUAAAAGUUAAUCAUUAACACUAUGGCCAUCUUAACCCAGCAUAAUAUGCCUCCUUAUCACCUGUUCAGAUCUUCAUAAGAGGACAUCUUUACCCUUAUGUUGGUUUUUAUUUGGGCUUUAAUUUGUAUGAUCAUGGAUGUCUGAUUUGCUGCUGCUAUACACAGUAUAAGACACAGAGACAGAAAAAUAAAUGCUGUUUUUUGAUCCAGAA